AGCCCCUCACACCAAGGCGCAUCCAUCGCAGCGAUGAUAUAACCGGGGCUGUCCCCGCGUCGGGGCUUUGUUGGCUGCCUAUCAACCAUUUUCUCUCUGUUGUCGGUGGCUGUCUUCUCAGCUUCGCACCUUCCUGCGCAAUGACGACCCUAACGUACCAGCCUUUCAAGGCCGUCUACGCCCUCGCGGCGUUCGGAUUUGAGUUGGCGCGCUUUCCCGUCUUCCUCGUCAAAUACCUCAUCAGCUACGGACGCCAGCAUCCUGAGUGGACUUUCCGACAGGCAAUCGCCGUACGCGUCUUCGCCUCCGCGGUGUAUCAUUUUGCGACAGUGCAGGGUGCAACAGCCCUUCCAUUGACGCCAGGUGCAGAGAAAGAGCGCUUCGUUAGCAUCAAUCCAGCAAAAGAUGAAGCCUAUCGAGGUCCGCUGAGGAAUAACACGGAUGUCAAGCCUGUAGAGAUUGGAGCGACGUGGUAUCCUGCGGCGCUGAGUGCUGCGUCAGACAAGAGCAACAUCAGGGUCAUUCUGCACAUCCACGGCGGCGGAUUUGUAACAGGCGAUGGAAGGACAAGAGCGUCAGGCUAUAUGGCUAAGAAACUCCUCAAGCACUCGACCGCUACCCACAUCCUCUGUCCACAAUACCGCAACUCGACCCUCCCCGCCUCAAAGACCUCGAACCCCUUCCCUGCUGCACUCCAAGACAGCUUAACAUCCUACCUCUACCUCAUCAACGACCUCAAGAUUUCGCCAAAGGAUAUCAUACUCUCGGGAGACUCCGCUGGCGGAAAUCUCGCCAUCUCGCUCCUCCGCUAUAUCGUCGAGUAUGGACCCGAUCUCGGCCUGCCUAGUCCGUCGGCCGCUUUCCUCUGGUCCCCCUGGAUCAAUCCCGCAGACACAAGCGCAUCCUUCGUACACGACAACGACCACUACGCAACAGACUACCUGUGUCCGCCAUUCACACACUGGUGCACCCAAGCCUACGCUGGCCUGUCUGGGGUGCAGAUUCUCGACCAACCGUACAUAUCGCAUAAGAACAGGCCUUUUCAGACAGAAGUGCCGUUGUGGGUAAAUACUGGAAGUGGUGAAAUCUUGUACUAUGACAAUAAGGAAUGGUAUGAACAGAUGAAGAAAGCAGGUAAUGAUAUUACGCUCGAUGUAGAGAAGAAUGUGCCGCAUGACAUUGUGCUAGUUGGGAAUAUUCUAGGCUUUGAUAAGGAGGCUACGAAUUGUGCAAAGAGGGCGGGCGAGUGGGUGAGGAGUACGAGAAAGUAAAAAGACUUGACGAUGCGGUUGGAAUAGGUAUAUGUGAAGCAUGGAAAGGACUAUCGUCUGUAUAAAGCCUUGGUCUUAGUUGUCCAUAGUUGUUCAUAGUUCUUUAAGUUUUGUAGAUACCAACUUAUGGCACCUGAGAUGCUAAUAUCUCAAAAUGUAGGUACAGUCAUCACUACCAGUUCAAAAGAUACAUGGUCGGGUGCAGUAGCAUGCCAUUGCAAGUCAGGACAGCAAGACUCGCUUAGCUCCCUGCACCUCCCGCG